UUGGUUGGGUUAGAACGGAUCUGUGUCCUCCCAACACUGAUUUUUCCCCUCGGAGUCGGAUCUCCCAAUCUUCAGUCUGUUUAUCAACGUUCCCCGACCUACAGAAGAACCGGCGAACGGAAAGAGUAGAAGCUACAAAAGAACAAAACAAGAAAAAGAAAAAUGAGUUUUAAAUUGAAUGAGUCCAAUUUUCUCCGUCAGUUCCGGGAUUCUGACUCUAGGGAGAUCAGUAAACUAUCUGCAGCCCAGUUUAUCCAGGUUUGGGAGCACUAUGAUGAAGACGGAAAUGGUUAUAUUGAGGGGGAGGAGUUGGAUGGAUUCCUCAAGGAGUUUAUAACUUCAGUUAAUCCUGAUGGGUCUAUUAACAGUCAGGUUUCAGAUAAGGACCUGGCCGAGCUCAAGGAGAGCUUCAUGGAGGCAUACGAUGACAACAAGGACGGGAAGAUUGAGAUUAGAGAGUUGGCGCAACUUCUACCGAUGGAAGAGAACUUUCUUCUUCUCUUUAGAUUCGAUAAUCCGCUGGACUCUAGUGUAGAGUUUAUGAAGAUCUGGUCUCAAUAUGAUACUGAUCACAGUGGUUUCCUGGAGGCAGAUGAACUCAAGAACUUUCUUCGAGACAUACUGAAAGGAGCAAGCAAGAGCCAAGACGUAACUGAAGAUCAGCUGAUUGUUUACACUGAUACAAUGUUGAACGUGUUUGACAGUAAUAAGGAUGGUAAGCUACAGCUGUCGGAGAUGGCAAAGCUUCUUCCGGUCAAAGAAAACUUUCUUACACGACAAAUAUUCAAGGGGCCGAGUGCGAUUACGAAGGAAGAUAUUGAUGGUGUAUUCUCCCUCUAUGACAGGGAUAACAGUGGAACUAUUGAAAAUGAAGAACUCUCUGGCUUUCUUAAAGAUUUGCUUUCUCUUGCUAAAAAGGAUUACGAUAGUACUGAUUUGACCGAAUUUGAAGAGACCAUCAUGAAGGGUUGUGAUACGAACAAGGACGGAAAGAUUUCCCGCAAGGAAUUGACCAUGAUCCUGAUGGCGCUAUCUGAACAGGUUUAAGAAUCAUUGGGCAGCCUACCUCCAGUCCUAACAUACAUCUCUACAGUCCUAACCUAGCCUAGCAUACUUCUCUACAGUCUUAACCUAGCCCAGCAUACUUUUCUACAGUCCUAACCUAGCCUGCAGCAUACUUCUCUACAGUCCUAACCUAACCCAGCAUACUUCUCUACAGUCCUAACCUAGCCCAGCAUACUUCUCUACAGUCCUAAACUAGCCCAGCAUACUUCUCUACAGUCCUAACCUAGCCCAGCAUAUUUCUAAAGUCCUAACCUAGUCCAGCAUACUUCUCUACAGCCCUAACAUAUCCCAGCAUACUUAUCUACUGUCCUAAUCUAGCCCAGCAUACUUCUCUACAGUCCUUACCUAGCCCAGCAUACUUUUCUACAGUCCUAACCUAGCCUACAGCAUACUUUUCUACAGUCCUAACCUAACCCAGCAUACUUUUCUACAGUCCUAACCUAGCCUGCAGAAUACUUCUCUACAGUCCUAACCUAGCCCAGCAUAUAUCUCUACAGUCCUAACCUAGCCCAGCAUAUAUCUCUACAGCCCUAACCUAGCCCAGCAUAUAUCUCUACACUCCUAACCUAGCCCAGCAUACAUCUCUACAGUCCUAACCUAUCACAUCAUAUUUCUCUGAAGUCCUAACGCACAAGCUCUGAAGAAGAUUAAAGAGUUGUAAAAAGAAUCCUUCAGGACAUUUCAAUUUUGAAUUUACAGUUUACAAUUUUCAAGGCUGCAUACAUAAGUCUUUCUUGUAUGAAAAGUAUAGGGUUAUUCGAUAUAUAUUUGCGUUCCUUGAACAGACGCCAACUGUAGAAAAUGUAUCAGUUUUUAAAGUUUGGCCAAGAAACAAGCGAUCUUAUAUUUAUUGAAAACACCAGUAUUUGAUCAUCAAUGUUUAAUGUACUUCGCAGAUGCUAAAUAAUGUUCCUUUUAUCGAUCAUUUAUGCAAUUAGACAAGUUCUCUUUAUUAUUUCAACAAUUAUUAUGUCGUUUAGGCAGCUAUUGGUGUAAUUUAAUGGCCAUAAAGAUUGUUUUUAUGAUAUGUAUAUCUAAUAUAUGCAAACUUAACUUUCUUAGCAUUAUUAAAACUGUUAAAAAUUGUUAGCUUUAGUAGAACUGUAAAAGUGGAAUCUGUAAAACACUCCUGUUUUCCACUGAUAAGUGCCCUUAGUGUCACUUCUAGUUCAAACUUAUUUAUUUCAUUGAAUCUUGCUUUUUCUCUCUUUCUCUCUCUUUUAACUUCUUUCAACAAAUAAACAGAUGGUUUGAGGAUAUAUAUCAUUAUAUAAUGCAACUCCUGGUAUGGGGGAACAAAACGUUUUCUAAACUUCAAAUCUAAAAUUUCUUUCUUGUUAAUCGUGUUCGUAUAUAGCAUAGAUAUGUUAAUUACAGAGUUUAGAAAAAUAAAUAUUUUAUAGAA